AUGUCGACGGGUGUAACUUUUGGCAUUAUAUCAACAUUCGAUCAUCUUUCGCACGAAUGGAACAGUUAUAAAUCGCGAUUGAAUCAGUGGUUUAUCGCAAACGACAUAACCAAUGAAACUGACAAAGCAACAGUAAAGCGGCGAGCGAUAUUGUUGAGUGCGCUAAGUGAAUCGACGUUCAAGUUAGCUAAUGACCUGGCGUUACCCAGCAAGGUGGAAGAGUUGAGCUACGGAGCAAUAAUUAAGCUCCUCGAUGAUCGCUUCACACCCAAAAGGUUGGGGUUUGCAGAAAAAUCUAUUUUCUAUGCGGCAACUCAGCGACCAGGUGAAGGUCACACUCAGUGGGCGGCCAGAAUUAGGGGAUUGGCGGCACAUUGUGAAUUUAAGAACUUGGAGGAAGCUUUGUUGGACAGAUUCAUCAUGGGCAUGGCGGCAGGACACGAGCGGGACAAACUCUUCGCGCAAGAUCAGCGGGAGUUGACCCUGGCAAAGGCCAUCAACUUGGCGGAGAGCGUGCGCUGUGCACGUCACGCUUCAUCAGUUGCGGCGCCGGGCGCGAGUGACGUCGGUGUGAGUGGAUUCGCGGAUGGCGGCGUAUUCAACAUCUCCAAGAAGGAAAAGUGCAAUGUGUGUGGUUAUGCCAAUCAUAAAUCCAAUCAGUGUCGUUAUAAAAAUUUCAAGUGUAAAAAGUGUAAUAGGAAAGGUCAUUUACGAAAAAUGUGCCGUUAUGAUGACAGAAUAAAAUAUGUCGAGGAAGGUAGUGUGGUCGAAGGAGACGACGACGGUGAGUGUUUUUACAAUAUUCGGUGCUUGAAAGGGAAACCAAUGACGGAACGCGUUAUGAUAAAUGGUAUUUCUUUAGAGUUUGAAAUAGAUAGCGGUUCUGCAGUAAGUGUAAUUUCGGAAAAAACUUAUAUUACUAAAUUUAAUUAUUUGCCAUUGUCAGCCACCAACAAAAAGCUGUUAAGUUAUACGGGCGAACACAUACAAACCAUCGGGUUAGUUUCAUUACCUAUAGAAUAUAGUGGGAUCUCGCAUACUCUAAGCGUGUAUGUAGUGCGCAAUGGCGGACCGUCGCUUCUGGGCAGGGACUUCAUUCGUGUUUUUAACUUAGAAUUAGCGCAUGCGCAGCCACAGCCUGUCGCCAGCGGCAGCUCUCAGCGUGUGCAUGCGGUAUACGCGCAAGCGCAAGGUGAUUGCCACGAAACAAUAGUAAAGAAAUUAUGCUCAAGAUUCCCUAAUGUUUUUUCUAGUAAGCUUGGGUCAUUUAAUAAGUAUACUGUUGAUUUACAUUUAAAACCGGACGCAAAACCUAUAUUUUUCAAAGCUAGACCCGUACCAUAUGCCCUAAAGGAAAAAAUAGACAAAGAGAUAGAUCGUUUGUUGGCGUUAGGCAUUUUAAAACCCGUUGAGCACUCAGACACUGCUUCACCGAUAGUGCCGGUAUUGAAAAAGGACGGUAGCAUCCGUUUAUGUGCCGAUUAUUCGGUAACUAUUAAUAAACAGUUAAUAGUUGACCAGUAUCCUUUACCCACAGUAAGCGAUUUAUUGGCAAAAUUACACGAUGGCAUACAGUUUAGUAAAAUUGAUUUAUCUAUGGCCUACAAUCAAUUCGUGUUAAGCGAUAAAUCACAAAAAAUCACAUGUAUAAAUACACACCGCGGUCUUUUUAAUUUUACUCGGUUGGUCUUUGGUCUGGCAUCUGCUCCAUCAAUCUUUCAGCGUGCGAUGGAGUGUUUGCUCGCUGGGAUUGAGGGAAUAAUAUUUUUGCUUGAUGAUAUUCUAAUCACGGGCAAAAGCAAAGUUCACCAUGAACAAAGGAUUAUGGCUGUUCUACAGCGCUUAGACGACGCAGGAUUGAGUGUUCAAAUGAAUAAGUGUGAGUUCUUUAAAGAUGAGAUUUCUUAUCUGGGUCACGUAAUAGAUAAAACUGGGGUUAGGAAAUCACCAGAGAAGGUAAAGGCCAUUCUCGAAGCACCUAAGCCGAAUAAUGUCUUACAAUUGCAGUCUUUCCUUGGUUUGGCGAAUUAUUAUCGUAACUUCGUGCCGAACGCAUCGUCUAUACUAAGUCCACUCUACCACUUAUUAAAUAAAAAAUCUAAAUGGGAGUGGACUUCUGUACAUGACGAUGCGUUCAAGAAAAUAAAAAAGUAUCUCGCUAGUGACAAAAUUUUAACCCACUUUAACCCGAAUGCUGAGUUAAUAUUGACAGUUGACGCGUCUCCAACAGGGUUAGGGGCUGUAUUGUCUCAGAUAGGCGACGACCGAUUAGAAAGACCCAUAUCUUAUGCCUCGCGAACGCUUACAGCUGCUGAAAAGAAUUACGCACAAAUACAGAAAGAGGCGACGGCCAUUAUUUAUGGCGUAAGACGUUUUCAUCAGUAUUUGUAUGGUCGAUCCACGCCGUUCACGCUACGAACAGACCAUAAGCCACUAUUGACUAUAUUCGGGCCACAUAAAGGCAUUCCUGAGGUGUCCGCCAACCGACUACAGCGUUAUGCGAUGUUUCUGGCGGCCUAUAAUUACAAAAUCGAAUAUAUCAGUAGCAAACAUAACAGCGCGGAUUACUUGUCCAGAGCGUAUGCCCCUGCGUUCAUAUCGCGCCUCGAGCCGAUGAUGACGUCCGCUAGUGAGUUAGACGAGCUCGCGGCGUGCGAAGAUCGCGCUGCCUAUGUUAAUUUCGUAGUCGAUGGUGGUCUGCCGGUGACGCUGAAAGAUUUACAACGCGAGACGAGCAACGACGCGGUUCUGUGUCGCGUUAAGCACCACGUUUUACAUGGGUGGCCAAGAAAAAAUAAUGAUUUAGAUUUAAAAUCCUUUUACAAUUGUAGAUAUCAACUAUCUUAUGAAAACGGUGUCUUAAUGCGCGGCCAUAAAGUUGUGAUUCCCGCAUCACUUCAAGAGUUCAUAUGUAAGGAAUUGCAUAGUUCUCAUUUCGGGGUGGUAAAAAUGAAAGCGGAGGCACGUAAACGUUUAUGGUUCCCCGGGGUGGAUGCCGCACUGGAGCAGCUGGCAGGCGCUUGCAGCGUCUGCGCAGCGCUGCGGCCCGCGCCGCCGCACGCACCCCUCGCUCCCUGGCCCUUGCCACCGCAUCCAUUUCAUCGGGUCCAUCUUGACUUUCUAGGUCCAUUCAACAAUUUCAUGUAUUUGAUUAUUGUAGACGCUUACAGUAAAUGGGUUGAAUGUUAUAAUAGGAAUACUUCUUAUAAUUCCAAAGCUGUUAUUAACAGAUUAUACGAUUUUAUGUCCCGUUUCGGAGUACCUCAUACGUUGGUGAGUGACAAUGGAACCUCUUUCACGUCUCAGGAGUUUAGAAGUUUUUGUCUACAAAACGGAAUAAAACACAUAUUAUCCCCGGUGUAUCAUCCAAGUAGUAACGGACAAGCAGAAAGUUUUGUCAAAAUUGUUAAAAAGGGCCUCAAGGGUAUUAUUUUACAAAGCGUAAAUAAAAAAAUAGUUCAAGAAAAAAUAUCAAAAUUUUUAUUUGACUAUAGGAACUCUAAAAACGGUACCACAAACAAGUCACCAGCAGAACUUGUAUACGGGCGCGCGUUACGUUCACGGCUAGAUUUAUUAAAUCCAUUCGCGUCAUCUCCAGCGUCCACAGACCUCGUUAAAACAGUGGAACAUAAUCAGUUAUUACAGGCCCAUAAUUAUAAAGGGACAAAAAGAACAGAAUUAAAAAUUAAUGAUAAGGUGUGGUUAACAAAAAAUAUAGACAAUAAAAAAUUCAGUUGGAUCGAAGGCAUAGUGAAAAGAAAAAUUGGAAACGUAAUGUAUAAAAUAUACGUACCUCAAUAUAAUUGCGAAGUCACGAGACAUAUUGAUCACUUAAGGGCACGGUUAUACUCACCGGCUAGAGAUGACUGGCAAUGGGACCCGGAUGUGGUGCCCGACGAGCUGACCGCUACUACUUCUAGUGACGGAGUCCGGUCUGGAACCACAGCUGAUGUAGGAGGGGAAGGACGAGAUAUAACGGAACCAGACCUGGCAAGGACAUAUAUUAGUGAGUUCCCGAAGACUCCGCUUCUUGCUAGCGCCGCUACUCGAAGAAGACAAGCUAUAAGCCCGAUAUUCUCUACGCCGACAUCGGAACAGGAGUAUACCUAG